UUAUAUAAUAAGCAGUGUUACGUUAUUCAUUAUCGUAAUCUGCAGCAGUGCAUACGCCAUGGUCUUCGUAUCGAAAAGAUUCAUCGCAUACUCCAAUUCGCACAAACUUCAUGGCUACGCAACUACAUAGAAUUAAAUACGCAGUUUCGAACGCAUGCAACAAACGAUUUUGAGAAAAAUUUAUACAAAUUAAUGAACAACGCGGUAUUCGGCAAAACAAUGGAAAAUGUUCGCAAUCAUGUCGAUGUAAAACUUUUGACAAAAUGGGAUGGACGAUACGGUGCAGAGGCAAUGGUCACAAUGUCCAAUUUUCAUAGCAGGAGCAUCUUUUCAGAAAAUUUGGUUGCAGUUGAAUUGCGAAAACUCGAAGUGAAGUUCAACAAGCCGAUCUAUCGGCACGGCCCAUGCGUGCUUGCUCAGUACGUCGAUAAUGGUGAGUAUGUAGUGGUGACCUCCAUUGAAUCGCGAGUAAGGACGCAUUUCCACCACAUCGGCCUGCCAAAGAUCAUCGUACCCACGCACUAUGACGCGUCUGCGAGGAAAAUUUCGUCUCACUGGAGCGUGUAA